UCACAACUCAGAAUUCUUUUUUGUCUCCAGUUUCAAGGUUUACUUUUUCCCACAUUUUCAGAAGGUAAAAUGUAACGUUAUUUGGUGAAUGCUGAGGAUGAUCGUGUAUAUUCUGUGCCUUCAUGAAUCGUCAUUGCCACUAUAAAUUAGUAGCUCCGUGACCCUUUAUUUUCCUCAUCACCAAGAUCAAGCUUUUCUUUUUACUUACUGGUAGCUACUAAAUGGCCUCGUUUUCUUUCCAAUUGGUUCUGACUAUUUCUCUGGUUGGAGUUAUUAUAUCCUCUGUUCUUCCCCUGUCUUUUGCUGGUAUUAAUUUCAAUGAAGAGUUUGAGAUAAACUGGGGAGAUUACAGGGGAAAGAUUCUCAACGAGGGUGAACUUCUUACUUUGUCAUUGGACAACAUUUCUGGCUCUGGGUUCAUUUCCAAGAAGGAAUUCUUGUUUGGGACAAUUGAUAUGCAGAUCAAAUUAGUCCCUAACAACUCUGCUGGCACUGUCACUGCUUAUUACUUGUCAUCAGUUGGACCAACCCAUGAUGAAAUUGACUUUGAAUUCCUUGGAAAUCUCAGUGGGGAGCCUUAUACUGUUCAUACAAAUGUGUACACUCAGGGCAAAGGCGAAAGGGAACAGCAAUUUCACUUAUGGUUUGAUCCUACAGCUGAUUUCCACACCUAUUCGGUUCAUUGGAAUCCAUCAACCGUAAUCUUCUAUGUUGACAAUGUUCCAAUUAGGGAGUUCAAGAAUCUGGAAUCAAAAGGGGUACAAUUUCCCAAAAACCAACCGAUGAAGAUCUACUCAAGCCUGUGGAAUGCAGAUGAAUGGGCAACCAGAGGAGGGCAAGUGAAGAUUGAUUGGGCUCAGUCACCAUUUGUUGCAUCAUACAGAGGUUUCAGUGCUAGACCACAUUAUUGCAGUUUAUCUUCCGCCGGAGAUUCACAACCAUCUUCUUGUACUACUUCUGCUUCAUUGUCGUCGUCGUCGUCCAACGUUAACAAUGAUCAGAAUCUGUCGGAGAAUCUGGAUAUUGUCGGGGAAAGGAAAUUAAGAUGGGUGCAGAAGAAUUAUAUGAUCUACAAUUACUGCACUGACACCAAGCGUUUUCCUCAGGGAUUUCCAACCGAGUGUCAGCCCACUUCCUAAAUAUUUAGUAGUAUGAAAUAAUAAUCGAAAUUAUCAUAUAUAUGUGUCUGAUUUUGAACUAGCUCUUUGAGUUUUGGAGCUGUGAUUUUGGGUUUCCUCCAAAA